GUUAAAAAGUGUAUGCAACGGUGAAAAAGGAAAUAAAAUAAUCCAAAUGAGUUAACUUAAUUGUCAAACUAAAAACCUCGAUUAAAUCAUGUCGAAAGCUAAAUCCAUCUGAACUCAACCCACCAAACAACCUCCUUCCCCAUCCAAAUCUCAAACCAAAACAAUCAAAACCCACAGAGCUAGCUACCAACGAACAAAACAAUGGCAUACGUAGAUCACGCGUUUUCGAUUUCAGACGAGGAUAUCAUGAUAGGAACCUCCUACUCUGUCAACAACAAACCCCCGAUCAAAGAGAUCGCCCUCGCCGUUUCGCUUCUCGUCUUCGGUUUUCUCAGUAUCAUCAUCGGUUUCGUCAUGGCUUAUAAACAUGUCGGCGGUGACACUGUUCACGGUCUAUUCUUUGCAAUACUGGGAAUGUUAUUGUUCAUACCAGGUUUCUACUACACGCGGAUUGCAUAUUAUGCUUACAAAGGAUACAAAGGGUUCUCUUUCUCGAACAUACCUCCCGUUUAGCUGUCAUAAUAUCAGUUCAGUUUCACAGCUUCCUUAUGUACAUAUCUACCCUUGUUUUAUUCCACUACCCCCUUUAAUGAGUGUUUAGAUUUAUAUUGUAAUUUGUUGUUGCUCUUAAUAUAUAUACAUGCCAUUGCGAUUUACUAAUGUUGUAAGAUUCUGUUCUGUAGUGUUUAUUCUUCUGCUGAGAAAUGGAUAAUAGAAACAUGCUUUGAGAAA